GGCUGCUCUUGCCUUUGUAGGGCUUUCCUCUACCUGAAGUCUUUUGCUCUGGUUUUCUCUCAGAGUCGCUCAGCAAAAAUGAUCUCUUUAUAUUCUCAGGUUUCUGAGGUGGAAGAACCUUGCAUCUUGCUAUGGCUGUGGAUGAUUGCGAGGAGCUUCUCAAGUACUAUGACAUAUGUGAAACAAUUGGUACUGGUGGCUUUGCAAAGGUUAAACUGGCUUGUCAUCGACUUACUGGCGAGCAGGUUGCAAUAAAAAUAAUGGACAAGCUAGCACUGGGGGAUGACUUGCCUCGUGUUAAGACGGAGAUUGAAGCCCUGAAGAGCUUAAGCCACCAGCAUAUCUGCCGGUUAUACCAGGUGAUUGAGACACCAAAGAAGAUAUUUAUGGUUUUAGAGUACUGUCCUGGCGGAGAGCUGUUUGAUUAUAUUAUAGCGAAAGUUCGCCUAACAGAAGAAGAAGCACGUGUCUUUUUUCGUCAGAUUGUCGCUGCCAUUGCGUACGUCCACAGCCACGGGUAUGCUCACAGAGAUCUCAAGCCAGAAAACUUGUUGAUUGAUGCCGAGCACAACCUGAAGCUGAUUGACUUUGGCCUCUGUGCAAAACCAAAGGGUGGCUUGGACUACCAUCUGAACACAUGUUGCGGAAGUCCAGCAUACGCAGCGCCGGAAUUGAUCCAGGGCAAAGCUUACAUUGGUUCAGAGGCAGAUAUUUGGAGCAUGGGAAUUCUCCUGUACGCCCUCCUUUGUGGAUUUCUACCUUUCGAUGAUGGUAAUGUGAUGGCCCUCUACAAAAAAAUAGUGAGGGGAAAAUAUGAGAUUCCCAAAUGGCUCUCACCUGGCAGUGAACUGCUUCUCCACCAGAUGUUGCAGGUGGACCCAAAGAAACGGAUUACGGUUAAACAUCUCUUAAAUCACCCGUGGCUCAUGCAAGGCUAUUCCUUUGCUGUACAGUGGCAAAGUAAAUACCCGCUUGGGCAUCUUGAUGACGACUGCAUCACAGAGCUUUCAGUGUUCCACAAAUGUAGCCGAGAAAGAAUGGCAAACAUUAUUUCGGAGUGGAAAUACGACCACACGUCUGCAACGUAUCUCUUGCUUCAGUCCAAGAAAGCUCAUGGCAAGCCCGUUCGUCUGAGGAUUCCUUCUUUAGUGUGCGACUCCAUGAAUGUCACUCCAGGCAGAGAGAGGAAGUUCAAAAAGACUUUGUCUUUUGAAGAUGCUCCAGACUGUAGUGAAAAGCCUGCUGCGUUUGGAUCCUUGGAGUUUCUAGGCUCUUUCGAAGCUCAGCCUGUGCCGUGUAUUACGCCCAAAGCCAAGCAGCAUUGUGUAUUCCUGGAUGGUGGAGAGUUCACGCACCCGCUUCCUCCUAUGCCAAGAAGAGGCGCAUCAAAGAAAAAUGCCAACAAGGAGAACUCUAAUGCUACAGUUGCAGCCAAGUUUGAUCCUUUUAUGCUGCCUGCUUCCAAGACACCAACAUGGGCCGUGAGUGAGAAACGACUGCUGACCACCCCGAAUCAUCCACUUCCUUCUGAAGAGCGCAGUCAGGCCAUGAAAGAUAUCUCAGCGAAGAAGCCACCAACUCCUACCAAUUCAGAGGAAUUGGCGACAGGGGUCAUUAGCCCAGAGAGAAGGUGUCGCUCCAUGGAAGUGGAUCUGAAUCAGGCUCAUCUGGGAAGUGGGCAAAAACAGAAAGGUGCCAAAAUGUUUGGAAGCUUCGAUAGAGGCUUGGAUAAAGUGAUCAUGAUGCUGACGCCCAGUAAAAGGAAAGGCUCAGCAAAAGAAGGCCCAAGGAAGCUACGGGCUCAUUACAAUGUGACCACAACUAACUUGCUGAAUCCAGAUGAACUGCUAAAGAAAAUAAUUGCUGUCCUUCCUAAAAAACAUGUUGAGUAUGUACAGAAAGGCUAUAAGCUCAAGUGUCAAACACAGUCGGACUUUGGCAAAGUGACCAUGAAGUUUGAGCUGGAAGUUUGUCAGCUCGGUAAAUCUGAAGCCAUCGGCAUCAGGAGGCAGCGGCUGAAGGGGGAUGCUUGGCUCUACAAAAGGAUAGUGGAAGACAUCCUGUCAAGCUGCACGUUAUAGCUCUUGGAUUUGAAGCAGCUUUAACUAGCCAUGGUUCAUUUGGUAGGGACAGUAAGCUAACCUGUCCAAAGGACCAGUGUGUUGUUUUUACAAUAUGAAUAAAUAUAUUACG